GGAAAAAUCGAUACCACAAUCAUCACUAGACAAGAUUUACUUUGUCAAAAGGUUCCAACCCAGUCCUAGAGUCCAGUCGCUGCGACAAGACGACGAAGAGUUUGCGAGCUUCCACAAAAUUACUCCACGAUUCGGUUGGAAGUUUCGGCGACGCCUAAAAGUAGAUCCAACCCUCUGUUCGAUCGUUUGUGCAUCGGAUUGUGUCGAGUUCGAGCGAAAAUGCCUACAUCUAGCUAAUCCCCGCACAAAAAUUGGAAUCUGUUUUGUUUCCUCCCAAGAUACAGUGCAAACCCUACUACUAGGCGUUUCCCCCGUUGUAUUGGAUACUAGAGUUCUGUGUAUCGUUAUCGUAAGAAAAAAUAAGGUAAUCGAGUGUGAAACAUGUCGAUGCCCGUUGCAUAAGUUUAGGCGGAUAGGAAAAUCGAGGCUGAACGAUGAGGUUCAAACAGCUCCUGCUAUCGCUGACGAUAGCGAUUCAGUAUUAUUUUGGAAUUGCAAACGGUUCCGAAGAUGAGGAACGCCUGGUACGAGAUCUCUUUCGUGGGUACAACAAACUGAUCCGGCCCGUCCAGAACAUGACCCAGAAGGUGGACGUACGCUUCGGGUUGGCUUUCGUACAGUUGAUCAACGUGAACGAGAAGAAUCAGAUCAUGAAGUCCAACGUGUGGUUACGGUUGGUCUGGAGCGACUACCAGCUGCAAUGGGACGAAGCCGAUUACGGUGGAAUCGGUGUGUUACGUCUUCCUCCGGACAAGGUCUGGAAGCCGGAUAUUGUGCUGUUCAAUAAUGCCGACGGUAACUACGAAGUGCGCUACAAAUCGAACGUGCUGAUCUAUCCCAACGGUGAGGUCCUUUGGGUACCACCGGCCAUCUACCAGAGUUCCUGCACGAUCGACGUUACGUACUUCCCGUUCGAUCAGCAAACGUGCAUCAUGAAGUUCGGUUCGUGGACGUUCAACGGCGAUCAGGUUUCACUCGCGUUGUACAACAACAAGAACUUCGUAGAUCUGUCCGACUACUGGAAGUCCGGUACGUGGGACAUCAUCGAGGUUCCGGCCUAUCUGAACGUAUACGAGGGUAACCCUACCGAGACGGACAUCACCUUCUACAUCAUCAUCCGCCGGAAGACUCUGUUCUACACCGUCAACUUGAUCCUGCCAACCGUGCUGAUUUCGUUUCUUUGCGUUCUGGUGUUUUACCUGCCAGCCGAAGCCGGCGAGAAAGUAACCCUAGGCAUUAGUAUUCUGCUGUCACUGGUUGUGUUCCUGUUGUUGGUAUCGAAGAUUUUACCACCGACCUCGCUCGUACUGCCACUGAUUGCCAAGUAUCUACUGUUCACCUUCAUCAUGAACACCGUAUCCAUCCUGGUCACGGUCAUCAUCAUCAACUGGAACUUCCGAGGGCCGCGAACCCACCGGAUGCCCAUGUGGAUUCGGUCCGUCUUCCUGCACUACCUGCCGGCCAUGCUGCUCAUGAAGCGUCCCCGGAAGACCCGCCUCCGCUGGAUGAUGGAAAUGCCAGGGAUGAGCAUGCCACCGCAGCCGCAUACCCAUCCGUCGUACGGUUCUCCGGCGGAAGUUCCGAAGCACAUUAGCGCCCUCGGCGGCAAGCAGUCCAAAAUGGACGUAAUGGAGCUGUCCGAUUUGCAUCAUCAUCCGAACUGCAAGAUUAACCGGAAGUUGAACAGCGGCGAUCUCGGACUGGGAGACUCGUGCCGCCGGGAGAGCGAGAGUUCGGAUUCGAUCUUGCUGUCGCCGGAGGCGAGCAAGGCUACCGAAGCUGUAGAGUUCAUCGCGGAGCAUCUGAGGAACGAGGAUCUGUACAUCCAGACCCGCGAGGACUGGAAGUACGUAGCGAUGGUGAUCGAUCGGCUGCAGCUGUACAUCUUCUUCAUCGUAACCACUGCCGGCACGGUUGGAAUUCUGAUGGACGCUCCGCACAUUUUCGAGUACGUCGACCAGGACCGAAUCAUCGAAAUCUACCGGGGCAAGUAAGCAGCAGCAGCGCCCAGUUGUUAUCACAGCAAGCAGAAUCGUCGUCAUCGUCGUUGUUGGAAUGUUAGGUUAACAUUUGCUCAAAAAAAAAGAACACACAAAAUGGGUCACUUUUUUACGUAACGUACUUUCUAGAACGCGAAAGGGCGCAAUGGAAGGUGGACAGGAUUUUAAAUGUAAUCGUUGAUAGAAAAAUUUCUGGAUAAUAGCAGACAAGCACAACAGCGUUAGUUAAUUGAACUUUCUAGAGAAAAAAAUGUUCUACCUUAAGUUUCUAAUGUUAAGUUUAUUACACCGUUUCUAGACUCAUCAAGAUUAGCACAAAUGUUUGCAAACCCAUUUUGACGGCAACGUCAGUUGGACAUGCCAAAUUUUGUUCUAGAGGCCGUUACGAGGCAAACCGAAGACUUUUUUGAGCUCACUUUUGAACUAGGAAUUUUGUAAAAGGUCAAUUUGCGUUAUCGUGUGAAUCGACAAGAUUACUACAAAAUAUAAUACCACUAAUACUAACUAUUUGAAAUAUAUCGCAAAACUAUGCCAUUUCUCCAAAGUGAAAUACAAGCGAAACAUUGAUUUGGAGUAAACAAAGUAACCAAAAUAACAAAUACUGCAACGAGAAAAACUAAGCUUUCAACGAGAGACGUGUUUUCGAAAUAGUAUUAGAUAACAAAACACUCUGACAUAAUGGAAACAUAAAAGGCAUAAUGGACAAACAAAAUGAUAAAACACUUAUUUGAAAAAAAACAAUAACUAGAAUACAACAAUCUGUAAGAAAACGUAACAUCGGCGAAAUCAACAAAAGAACUUAUCGAAAUGAAAUCAUACAUACACACAACCAAGACAUUCACCAAUCGCUGACGAAAACUGACAACUCUCACAGCAAAUAAUCCGUUAUAACAGAAAUCUCGUGAAAGCAAAACAGUUAUUAUUAACUACCAACUAACAGUAAAACUAAGAAGCAAAACCGCAAGGCAGUAAACGAUUUUUGUGCACAAAACAAACUAAUCAUAAUUACCAGUAACAAUGAAAAAGCAGUAUAGAGAGGAUGAAAUGAUCCGACAGAGAAAGGAAACACACAGAAGCAGCAAACAGACAAACAAACAAAAAAAAAAUAGCAACAUUUAAUGACAUUAACAUUACACGUUGUAUUGGUAAGCAGCAUUUUUAAGAAACAGAAAAAUAAGAACAACAAAAAACAACAAAAGGGUAAAAUAAUAAUAAACUUUAAACAAUAGUUCGUACUAAAACGUA